AUGUCCGCCCAUGCUCAGAUGCGGGCCCUGCUGGACCAACUCAUGGGCACUGCUCGGGAUGGAGAUGAAACCAGACAGAGGGUCAAGUUUACAGAUGACCGUGUCUGCAAGAGUCACCUUCUGGAUUGCUGCCCCCAUGACAUCCUUGCUGGGACGCGCAUGGAUUUAGGAGAAUGUACCAAAAUCCAUGACUUGGCCCUCCGAGCAGAUUAUGAGAUUGCAAGUAAAGAAAGAGACCUGUUUUUUGAAUUAGAUGCCAUGGAUCGCUUAGAGUCCUUCAUUGCAGAGUAUGAUCGGAAAACUGAACUUGCCAAGAAGCGGUUGGCAGAAACACAGGAGGAGAUCAGUGCCGAAGUUUCUGCAAAGGCAGAAAAAGUACAAGAGUUGAAUGAAGAAAUAGGAAAGCUCCUUGCUAAAGCAGAGCAGCUGGGAGCUGAAGGAAAUGUGGAGGAGUCCCAGAAGAUCCUUAUGGAAGGGGAGAAAGUUCGUGCAAAGAAAAAAGAAGCAGAGGAAGAAUAUAGAAAUUCCAUGCCUGCAUCCAGUUUUCAACAACAAAAACUCCGUGUCUGUGAGGUUUGUUCAGCUUACCUUGGUCUCCAUGACAAUGACCAACGUCUUGCAGACCACUUUGGGGGCAAGUUACACUUGGGGUUCAUUCAGAUCCGAGAGAAGCUUGAUCAGUUGAGGAAAACUGUGGCUGAAAAGCAGGAGAAGAGAAAUCAAGAUCGCUUGAGGAGAAGAGAGGAGAGAGAACGAGAGGAGCGGCUAAGCAGGAGGUCUGAAUCAAGAACCCGAGAUCGCAGGAGGUCACGAUCCUGGGAUCGGCGUCGGAGGCGAUCUAGAUCUACCUCCCGAGAGCGGCGAAAGUUUUCCCGUUCCAGGUCCCCAGAUAGACACAGACGCCAUCGCAGUCGUUCCCAGAUCCAUAGCCGGGGUCACCGCCGGGCUUCCAGGGACCGGAGUGCAAAAUACAAGUUCUCCAGGGAUCGCUCAUUGAGAGAGGAAUCGUGGGAGUACAGGCGGAGUGAGCGAGGUCGCACUGACUGGAGGUUUGAGAGCUACAAUGGCAAGACUGCAUCGCUGAGGUCCAGGAGGUCAGAGAAGAAGGAAGCUGGCGAGAUCUAA